CCUCGUACUUUAAGAUAAUACUUCAAGAUGUCUAUAGCGGCGCCAAGAGAAGCCCCGAAGAGGAUAUGGAAGAAACCAAAACAACAUCUAGCCACCGCUGAACCAAAGAAGUCAAAACCCUUGAAACCAGAAUGUUUAAAAUUAGUUUUAAGAUUACUUCCUCCGUCGCUUGAUGAAGACCUGUUUUAUUCACAAUUAGGAAAUUAUACCCGAGUUGAUGAAGAUGUUAUAGUGGACAAAUAUUACGUACAAGGGGCAUAUUCCAAUACACCAUAUGAAAGACCAACAUAUUCCAGAGGAUACUUGUUAUUCAAAACAAGAGUAUUAGCAGAAGCGUUUAUGGCUGACGUUAAGGGGAAACCAUUUACUGAAACCAAAACAAAUGAUUCAUUAAUCCCAAUAGUUUCCAAUGCUUUGAAUUCAAACCGAAUGCCUCAUUGGGAAAAUGCUCUGGCCAAAAUUGAUGGGAUUUCUGAAGACCCCACAUAUAAAGAGUUUUUAAAAUUUAUUGAAGGAACCAUUACCGAGUAUAAUCUUUCAUUAAUUCAAAAUAAAUUGAAAUCUAAAAAGGCCAAGAAGUCACAAAAGAAACAAAAGGUUAAAAAGGAAAAUGGCAAUGGUGAUAAGGAGAUAAUGAAACCAACAACCCAAAAAGCUCAGACCCAGAAGGGUAAAAAGGGGAAAGCGGAAGCGAAUACGGAUAAAGAUGUGGUUGAAAAGAAGAAGAAACCACGCAAGAAGAAACCAAAGGCUACAGCUGGAGGAGCAGUGGUGGGAACCACGUCUGGUAAACCAGCUUCAAUUCCUUCUUCUGAUUCUGAUGUGACUACUGGAGCCAAAGCCGGGAAAAAGGAAGAUUUGAAAUCUAAAAAGAAACCCAAAUCAAAGAACCCAAAAAAACCUAAAAAUGGUGACCAAACUGUAGAAAAUUCUAAGGAAAAACCAAAAAUUAAAGAGAAAAAGCCAAAGGGACCAUCGAUAAAGAAAAAGAAUGAUGAAAAACAACCUGGGAAAGACCAACCUCCAUCGUCAGCUCCUUCCUCUUCCAAUAAGCCGAAGAAAAUUUUGGCAAAGAAAGGUCCAAAGCAAGCAACUAAUCCACCUUCAACUGCCAAUCUGAUUUAAUAGUCUACUAUAAAUGACACUCAAUGAGGUAAGCAAACAGUAUAUGAUAGUAUAUCAAAAAGACCAGUAGAGACAUAGAGAUCGGAGAUAUUAAUAACAACUAUAUUGUUAGAUAUUUAAUCCAUGACCUCCAAGAAAAUACCUCGGACUAUGUGGACGAGUUACAAUCUUUCCAUCUGGUUGCAAAAGGAAAAGCUUUUAUUCUUUUACUUUUAAAAAAAAAGACUAAAUAAGACAAUCCGAGACAUAUAUAUUUAUAUAUGUAUAGAAAUUGUAUAGAAUAGAU